UGGGACACACACCACACCCUCUGUCCCCAAACCAAGGAGGGCUCCUCUCCCUCACCGGGCCCCGCCCAGCAUCCCCAGAGGCACGCACCUGGGAGACUCUAGGCAGGGACACACCCCGGGGGAGGAGCUGCUGUCGCGGUGGGGCCCAGCCCACACUGGCUGGGAGCUCCCCUUCCGCUCCUCCGCGGGCCCCAGGGGACCGACAUGGCCCAGAAGAGUCCCAGCCCCGCCCUGGAGCCCGAGCACGUCCAGCGGCUGCUGCUCUCCUGCCGGGAGGCCAAGAAGUCCGCCUACUGCCCCUACAGUCGCUUCCCCGUGGGGGCUGCCCUCCUCACCGGGGACGGGAGGAUCUUCUCCGGGUGCAACAUAGAAAAUGCCUGCUACCCACUGGGCGUCUGUGCUGAACGAACCGCCAUCCAGAAGGCCAUCUCAGAAGGGUACAAAGAGUUCAGGGCAAUUGCUAUCUCCAGUGACUUGCAAGAUGAUUUUAUCUCCCCAUGUGGGGCCUGCCGGCAGGUCAUGAGAGAGUUUGGCACUGACUGGGCUGUCUACAUGACCAAGCCGGAUGGCACGUACAUUGUCAGGACAGUCCAGGAGCUGCUGCCUGCCUCCUUUGGGCCCGAGGACCUGCAGAAGAUCCAGUGAGGGACGGGGAACACCCACCGCCUGGGAGACCCUGGGUUCCCACACGUGCUUAAGGGGACAGCCACCCAGAGAACUUCAUGAAGAUGUACUCACAGACCUGGGGAUGCCUGCCUAGUGGUCCCCAACCCCACAGGUGCUGGGCAGAGAUGACUUUUCCAAAUUACACUCAAGCAGUGGGGUUUCUACUGAAGUGAUACAGGGUUUCCCUCCAGCCUGGGCCUACAGCCCCUCCUUGCAACCCUCCUUGUCCUCCCUAGGACUCAGAGCGCCCCCGUCCCUCUCUUCCGUCCUGCCAAGUCUGUGCUGUCCUGCUUGGUUCUAUCCUAUCUAAGGUUCUAUCCUGCUCUGAGCGACUUUUCUAAUUAUAAACAUUACAGAACAUACUGAUUUGGGAGAGCACGUUUUGCUGUCUCAAUCCUUGCUGUAGCUCUUAGGAGGGGCAGGGUGAUUCGUCUUUAUAGAAAGACCUGGAUUCUUUCUUCUGGGAGAGGAAACAGGCACCUUGGACCUGUGUAGCUGGUGUGGAGAGCUGAGUUUUUAGGCUUCCUGCCCCUGCCUUCUCCAGAUGGGAGGCCGCUGGGCUGGAUCUUACUGCCAACGGCCGUUUCUAGAGUCGUUCUGGGCUCAGUUAGACCCGGGUACUGGAUGCUGUCACCCCCAAGUAUAAAGGGGGAGGCGUGAGUUUGUCUAGACAGCAGAGCAAAUGUCUCUAUGAGGACAUACUCUGUGUCAAGUACUUUUGCGUGGAUUAUUUUGUAUUUAAAGUACUUGACAACUCGGCGAAGUAGCUAUCUCCCCCUUCUUACAGAUGAGGGCCUUGGUUGAGUAACUUGCUUUAGGACUGCAGCAAAAUUCAAACCAGAAUCCAGGUCCUGUAACUCCCACUAUGGUCUAGAAACAGUGCCUGCUCCUUGCCACCCGCUGGGAUGUGGCAGAUCUGGAAUUGGAACCAGGUCUGUCUGACUCUGAGUGUUUUUCCCAUUCUCCCACAGCUGAUGUCUGGCUGCCCUUAUUUACUGAGUCUCUUUUAUAUGCCAAAUACUGCAGAGGGAAAGAUGUAUAAGAAACAGUCUCUGCCCUUGAGAAACUUGCCGUCUGAUGGGGAGAGAGAGGUGUAAACAGGACUAAUGCACAGAAAUACACACUGUGGUCCAGGCGGGUACCAAGUGCAGGGUAGGCAUAGUUCCGGGGGGCAUGCUGCCUUCUGGGGAGUGAGGAGGGUCAGGGAGGGGACUGUCUGUUGGUACAAUUAGGGAGGUGAGGACUGAAUAAGGGAAGGAGCUAGGCUGGCCCUGUAAAGGGGGCUGACAGCUCUGGGUGUCCUCCCUGGAGGAGUUGGCCUUGGGGUGAGCUUUGGUGGCUGGGGUACGAAUAGGGUGUAGAUUUUCCUCUUUCCCAGGCAAGCAAGUUGCUGGGGACACAGGAAGUGGACAGGUAAUUCACCCCUUCCCUGGGAGUCCUUUCUACUGAGAUCAGAGCACCUGCAGGGGUUACUGCCCGUUAAGACUGGCUUUUCCAUCACACACCCAGACCUACCUGCUGCCAUCCUGCCUUUCUUUAGAAGUGGCUGCUGCGGCCUCCAGCACAUUCCUCUGAAUGUUCUCAAUAAAGAGGAGUGGAGAAGGAAAAAGAAGGAAGGUGAAAGAAAAUAGGCCAAGAUGUUAACAUCAGUUAAACUUCUGCUUGAUGCGAGUCUAGAUUAGUGGGUUUUUUCCUUUGUACAUGUCUGUAUUUUUUAAAUUUCCAAAACAUUUUUUUUUUCUAUUUAACAAGAAAAAAAUGGUAUAGCACAAUGGUUGAAAGUUGGAACUUCAGAGUUGAACAGCCUCCAAACCUUGUGGCUUUGGGCAAGCGAUUUCAUUGCUCUGAGUCUCAAUUUCCUCAUCUGUAAAUCAGGGAUGACAGUUCCCAGCAUACAGCAUUGUCGUGUGGAUCAAAGGAAAUAAUGCCCUAUUGAGAGCCCAGUGCUGGGUCCUCAGUAAGCUCUUGAUACAUGCCAGCUGUUCCUUUUAUUAAGGGUGACAAAUUUGGGUCCUCUGAUGAUGGAUUUGAGUUUUGCAAACAGGCUUUUACAUUCAUUUAACAAUUGUUUAUUGAGUGCCUACUGUGUUGCAGGGCUGGGACCUGACCCUGGGGAUACAAUAGUAAAUAAGACAUAAAAUCCCUGCCCUCACAGGGUUCUGUCUAGCUGUGGCAAAUGACAUCUAAAUGAUUCUAGUACUUCAUGACAAGGGCCACCCAAGGGGAAGAAAGUGCUCCAGGGGCAAGUCACAGGAGGAGUGGAGCUUGCCUGAGAAUGGGCAGAGCAGCCCUGAGGAGGGGAUAUUUCAGCCAGGGCACAAGAAGGGUCAGCGCAUUAGGGAAUGCGGUUUGGGGAGGGUCAAAGAAUGAGGGCUGUCUGGAGGACGAAGCCCAGUGUUCUUAUACUUCAUGGAAACAGACUGGGGAAGGCAAUUUGCAAAGAAGGAUUCCAGAAAUUAUUUGAACAACGUCCCCUUGGAAGAAUCACAUUCAUUUGGCUGCAGAGAAGCUGGGAAGUUUGUUUAAAAUAAAAGCACUUUCAUUUUG